CCGGAAACAGGAUGUGACUCACAGGAAGUAGGAAAUCGAUGCUUUGGCUUUCCUAAAUGGCUGUGUAGAAGAUAGUUGAAAUCAUAGAUAUAUAUAUUAACAGAGCCCGUCUCAUAUUAGACAUUCUCUGAUAUUAACUAGACGCCUCGUCCGCGGUGCUGGCCAACGGAGUCGAACGUCACCACUGGCGGCCAUCUUACCACAAUGUGGUGAAUGGUAAUCCUGCACAGGAACACCAGAAGAUGUCUGAAACACGAGAUUGAUCUGCGUAACAGCAGGGGCCUUCUGACAGGAAGGAGUGUGGCUCCAUGAGUCAUGGCCACGUGUGAAUGAUGGCAACAUGGAGGCUACCUGCAGGCCAGCUCAAUCCCUCCAGUUUGCCAUCAGCUUUGUUCAGCCUGAGGUUCGUGUGGGACAGGAGUGGGCUCUCCAUCCUGUGUCUUUGUAGAUCAUCUACUCGCAUCCAUUGACCAUGGUGCUGACUGCUGCCUCCCAUCCGGCCGCGCUGAGAUCUGCACCACAUUUCGCUCACAUUUCGCUCCUGCUAGACGACGCAACGUGGACCCCUGACUGCUAACCUGUACAACCAAUAGAAGCGGGGGUCUCCGUUCGUUUGUCAUUCUCACGGCCAAUCACAAGGUCGGAUGGGCGGGCCUAGCGAGGGCCUGGCAUUCAAGUUUGGUUGCAAAAGGUAAGCUCUGGAUGGGAUUUUGUGAGUUUAUUUUGAUUGCAUAUUUAAUUACUACAUUUAAUUGAACGAGGCACAGCUUUAUAAGGAGCAGUCCCCCGGCUGUGAGACGAGGAGACCCGGGACGGAUGUGACCCCACCACACCUCUUUGAAAAGUACUUUCCCCUCGACAACUGGAACUGAAUUACUUGGAAUUGGAUGCUGUGGAUGAGGAAUCCUUUGAGAUUAUUCCAAUAGCUUUUUAUUAUAUUUAUUCACCCCCCUGGAAUGGCAUUGGAUAAGAGCUAAAACCUGGUGGUUUCUCAGUCUUCAUCGAGGCGUUUUGGCGGACUUCACUUACUUUUCCCGGAGGUCUGGCAUUUCCCAAGCCCAGUCCGACAUGGAUCAAGCCAGCGGGGGAGAGGACCCCAACAAACCCUCUAAGAAGAAGUCAAACGAGGAGGAGGGAAAAAACAAGAAGCUGAACAUACACAUAAAAACAUUGGCUGACGACAUGCGAGACCGGCUCACUAGUUUCCGUAAGGCGGGUCUGAAGAAAGAGAAGCCCCUGAUUCAGCACUCGACAGACCUCCAAACCACCCCCACCGAGAUGCCCCUGCCUCAGCCCCUGUUCGACGACCGCUCGCUCAACCUCUCGGAGAAGGAGAUCAACGACCUCUUCGAGAAGAUGAUGGAGGACAUGAACCUGAACGAGGACCGGAAGGCGCCUCUGCGUGGGAAGGACCUCAGUACCAAGCGAGAGAUGGUGGUCCAGUACAUCUCGGCCACUUCUAAAUCUAUAACUGGGAGCAAAGUUGCGGGCGGUCUGAGGAACAGCAAGCACGAGAGCACGCUGUCGUCCCAGGAGUACGUCCACGAGCUGCGCUCCGGCAUCACAGAGGAUAAGCUGCUUAAUUGUCUGGAAUCCCUCAGAGUCUCUCUCACCAGCAACCCCGUCAGCUGGGUUCACAACUUUGGCCAUGAAGGUCUGGGUCUGCUCCUGGAAGCUCUGGAGAAGCUUCUGGACAAGAAACAGCAGGACAACAUGGAUAAGCGGAACCAACACAAGCUGAUCCAAUGCUUGAAGGCCUUCAUGAACAAUAAGUAUGGACUGCAAAGGAUUCUGGGAGAUGAGCGCAGCCUGCUGCUGCUGGCGCGAGCCAUCGACCCCAAGCAGGCGAACAUGAUGACGGAGAUCGUGAAGAUCCUCUCUGCCGUCUGCAUCAUCGGGGAGGAGAACAUUCUGGAUAAGAUCCUGACCGCCAUGACGAUCGCCGCCGAGAGGAACAACAAGGACCGCUUCGCCCCGAUCGUAGAAGGGCUGGAGAACCACGAGGCACAGCAGCUCCAGGUACGCACGCGCACACACACACACACGCGCACGCAGGAGCUGAAGGAGACGGAGGAGCUGGACAUCCAGCUGAAGGUCUUCAACGAGAACAAGGAGGAGGACGCCAUCGAGCUCUCCCACCGCUUCGACGAAACGAGAGCAUGAUGUGAUGAUAUGAAUGAGGUGUACCAUCUCCUGUCCAACAUGGUGAAAGAUACGGGAUCAGAGACGUACUUCCUGUCAAUCCUCCAGCAUCUCUUGCUCAUCAGGAACGACUAUUACAUCAGACCUCAGUACUACAAGAUCCUGGAGGAGUGUGUGUCCCAAGUGGUCCUGCAUCGCAGCGGGAUGGACCCCGACUUUGGCUGCAGCAAGAGGCUGGAUGUGGACUUCACACAUCUCAUAGACCAGUGCGUGGACAAAGCCAAGGUGGACGAGAGUGAAGAGAAGGCGGCAGAGUUCUCCAAAAAGUUCGACGAGGAGUUCGGGGCGCGGCAGGAGGCACAGGCGGACGCCCAGAAGAAGGAGGAGCGCAUCAAGGAGCUGGAGGGCCAGAUCCAGACGCUGCAGACCCAGUUAACUAAUGAGAGAGAGAAUCUCACCAAGGCUCAGAGACUUAUCAGGGAGUAUGAAGCCAAGAUCGCCGCCGGCCCGGCCCUCGGAGCAGCGGGGGCCCCCCCCAUGGCCGGGGCCCCCCCGCCCCCCCCACCCCCUCCCCCUCCCCCGCCGGGCGGCGGCCCGCCCCCUCCCCCGCCCCUCCCGGGCCAUGCGUGCAUGCCGCCGCCCCCGCCGCCGCCGCCCCACCCAGGCGGGGGUCCUCCCCCUCCCCCUCCACCGCCUCCUCCCCCCGGCUGUGGACCCCCGCCCCCCCCCGGAGGACCGCCCCCUCCACCCGGGUUCGGCCCCCCCGGGCGGGCCCCCCCUCUCCUGGUGGUCAAGCUGCCCUACGGCCUGGAGGCCAAGAAGACCUACAAGCCCGAGGUGGUCAUGAAGAGGGUCAACUGGUCCAAGAUAGUGCCUCAGGAAAUGGGGGAGAAUUGCUUUUGGAUCAAAGUCAAAGAGGAGAAGUUUGAGAAUCCUGACCUUUUCGCCCAACUCUCCCUCACUUUCUCCUCACGGACCAAAGCGAAAAAAGACCUGGACGUUACGGAUGACCGGAUGUCACAGUUCAAGAAGAAGGCCAAGGAGCUGCGUGUUCUGGAUCCAAAGACGGCCCAGAAUCUCUCCAUCUUCCUGGGUUCCUUCCGGCUGCCCUACGAGGAGAUCAGGGACAUCGUGCUGCAGGUGGACGAGGAGCGGCUGAGCGAGUCUCUCAUACAGAACCUGAUAAAGAAUCUGCCGGAACAGAAACAGCUGAGUGCGUUGGCUGAACUAAAGGGAGAAUACGAAGAACUGGUGGAGUCUGAGCAGUUUGGCAUCGUGAUGAGUUCGGUGAAGCUGCUGCGGCCCCGACUCAACGGCAUCCUGUUCAAGUUGACCUUCGAGGAGCAGGUGAACAACAUCCGGCCGGACAUCAUGAGUGUGACCUUCGCCUGCGAGGAGGUGAAGAAGAGUGAGAGCUUCAGCAAGCUGCUGGAGCUUGUGCUGCUAGUGGGGAACUACAUGAACGCCGGCUCCCGCAACGCCCAGACCUUCGGCUUCAACAUCAGCUUCCUCUGCAAGCUCCGUGACACCAAAUCUGUGGAGCACAACAUUACACUGCUGCACUUCCUGGCCGAGCUGUGUCAGGAGAAACACCCGGAGAUUAUGAGUUUCCCCGAUGAGUUGGAGCACGUGGAAAGUGCCAGUCGAGUGCCCGCUGAGAUCCUGAGCAGCAGUCUGAGCAACAUGGAGAAACAGAUCCAGCGGCUCGAAAGCGACAUCAAGAACUUCCCCAAGACAGACGACGACCAAGAUAAGUUCGUGGAGAAGUUGUCGAUAUCCUUUGUGUCGCUACGUUCGGGGCGAGGGGGGGUUCGUCCGCGGUUGGUCUGUGUACGUGGGGUGUGGCGAGGGAACAGCCACCAGACGCCCAGGUUCCCCAUGCGGCUACACCUCGUACACACGGUCGGCUGGACCCUGACGUGUGUCUUUAUGUGUUUUCUGCCUGCAAAGCGGAGCGGCACUAAAAGUCUCUGGGUGUGUGAUGGCUGGGGCCCAGGGGAAGGGCUGCAGCGUAGCUCUGCUGCGGGGCCCCUGAGAGCCCCAUCACAUCUUUCUCCUCACAACUCCUCCCAGCGUCCCCUGAGUGAAAUCACGCCCCUGGCUAUCAGCUCCGGUGGCACCACUCCCGUCUCCACAGCAGAGAGCUCUAUCUGCAGUCAAGUGCGGGAGCCCUCGCUUUGA